AUGCUUGUGAAGACUUUGUGUUUUAUCGUUUUGAUGUCGGUGAGUGAGGCAAGAUUUUUGAACAAUGGCGGACGGAAUACAUUUUUCUCCACAUCUCAAUCAUCAACUUCAAUGGGAAUGAUGAAUGGAGAGUGCAGAGUUGAGAAUGGAAUUAUUUAUGAUGGUGACUCAAAGAGACAAAUGACUGCCAUUGAACAAGCCGAAUUGUCCGCUUAUUUCCAACAACUUCAACAAUGGCAAUACUCGUCAACGAUGUCCUUUAUGGAGAAAAUGAAGAAAUCGAUGCGCUCAAUGUUCGAUUUUCAACAUCAUAUGUACUCAAAGAUUUUCUCGGGAGAAAUCGAUUUCCCCUUUGGAUCGACGCCGUUCUUCCAGAUGGAGCCAAUUCCAAUGAUGGAAAUGGGCUCGAUGCCAACUCCGCCGUGCCUUUGCCGAUCUGUUCCCUGUUCGUCGAGAGUUGCCGAGGAGUUUGAGGGAACGGCUCAACCAAGCCAACAACCAGCUCAAGGCCCAGUUCCACAACAGACUCAACCUCUGCACCAAGCUCAGCCCCAACCACAGCCACAACAACUCCAAGCCAGACCUAGAUCUAAGAGAUCGACCAUCUAUCACCAAACGACCAGCUCAGCCUCUGGAAAUUACCCAGGCCGUCAUCGCACCACGAAAACGCCAAAAAUUCGAGUGUUGUCUCGAUCGAAAACGACUCGAUUCGGUCCAAUCUAUCGAUCGGGAUCUUUCUCUCAUUCAUCACAAACCACGAGAUACUUCAAACCCUUCAACAAGGGGAAAAAGCCGACCACCGUUUAUUUGUCUCAACCAGUUGCUCAAUAUCCAUCAACUAACACCGGUCUCUACACUCAGCCGAGAACUGUGAUUUAUUCAGAUCCAUACACUGGCGGACUCCAUCAACACUCGACCGCUACCGGACCCGGAUACAGCAGUGUCUCACAUACGUAUUCGUAUGGAAAUGGAGCCCCGGAUACGCGUUCAAUGAUGGAGAUGGCCGGCACUCAAGGAAUACUCGCCUCAAUGCAACAAGAAAUGGACGAUUUGAUGCUC